UCCGAAAGCUCUGAAAGCAAAGCAGAGAAAUGGUUCAUGCUCUUUUACAAACUGCACCACUUCUCCUCCAGUUUUCUCGUCCAAAUCCUCAUGUCUCUUCCUGUAGGGGAAAGCCUGGGAACAUAGUGAUGAAUUGCUCUCCAGAGAAAUCUAUGAGCAACAGGCCAGUGACCAUACAUGUAUUAUCUGGGUUUGCAGCGUCUUUAGUACUUCUCUCUCAAAUAAACCAGGCUGUUGCAUCAGAAAUUUACUUUCAAAGAAAUACUUAUGAGCUUGCAAAUGCUGCUGACAAGACGGUGACUCUUCCGCUGGAUAAGGGUUCUGAUGAAGGAACUGAGAAGCUAAUGAUGAUGAGAGGCAUGACAGCAAACAAUUUUGACCCCAUUAGAUAUUCUGGAAGGUGGUAUGAAGUGGCUUCACUUAAACGUGGAUUUGCUGGGCAAGGUCAGGAAGACUGUCACUGCACCCAGGGUGUAUAUACCUUUGAUAUUGAGAAGAAGGCCAUCCAGGUUGAUACCUUCUGUGUUCAUGGGUCUCCUGACGGAUAUAUAACUGGCAUAAGAGGAAAUGUUCAAUGCGUUUCAGAUAAAGAUUUGGAAAAGAAUGAGACAGAUCUAGAAAUGCAGGAGAUGAUCAAAGAGAAGUGUUUCCUCCGUUUUCCAACAUUGCCAUUUAUCCCUAAGUUGCCGUAUGAUGUGAUUGCAACUGAUUAUGACAAUUUUGCUCUUGUUUCAGGAGCAAAAGAUACAGGUUUCAUACAGAUAUACUCCAGAACACCAACUCCUGGUCCUGAAUUCAUAGAGAAGUACAAAUCAUACUUGGCCAACUUUGGAUAUGACCCGACCAAAAUCAAGGACACCCCACAAGACUGUGAAGUGAUGUCGGACAGUCGGCUAUCUGCAAUGAUGUCAAUGACCGGAAUGCAAAAAAUUUUAACAAAUGAGUUUCCUGAUCUAGGAUUGAAGCGCUCUGUUCAAUUUGACCCCUUCACUAGUGUAUUUGACACUCUGAAGAAGCUUGUUCAGCUUUACUUCAAGUAGUAUCUCUCUUGUUACUUGUUUGUUCUGUUAAUUCAU